CCGCUAGCCCCUGCUCGUUGGCUAGCUAGCUUCCCGCUGCUACUGCUAGCUAGCCAGUACUUCCUGCCCGGGGGGACUGGACACAGCAAUGGACGUCGACGCGUUGCUGGAAGCGUUUCAAGAUUUUGAGAAGAAAGCGAAAAUGGAGACCUGUCCUGUACUCGAGCAGUUCCUGUGUCAUGUCGCCAAGACAGGACAGCCACUGAUCCUGUGGCCCCAGUUAAAACAGUACUUCAUGUUUAAGUUGGAAAAAGUCAUGGAUGAUUUCCACGCUUCAACACCAGAACAGAGAGUCUCACAUAAUCCCAAUGUCGAGCACGUGCCCUUUGAAGAGAUGAAGACGAGGAUCUUAAAGAUAGUGGAUGGUUACAAUGGAGUCCCAUUCACCAUCCAGCGUCUGUGUGAGCUGCUGAUGGACCCUAACAGGAACUACGCAGGAACAGACAAGUUUCUCAGGGGUUUGGAAAAGAAUGUACGGGUGGUCAGCUCUGUGUAUCCCAUGUCUGAGAAAAAUGGGGCGUCCAGUGUAAACAGAAUGAACGGAGUAAUGUUUCCUGGCAACUCCACUCUAUAUUCAGACAGUCGAAAUGUAAAUGGACCAGCCACGCCAAAACCACUCAACAGAACCAGGUUGUCGUUGUCAUCUUCGCUCUCCACCAAUGGGCUUCCUGACGGUCCAGUGGGCAAAGAGCCAGAGCCAACCACAGAGGAGGUGGAGGAUCACCACAUGAGUGAUCCCUCGCGAUCAGAAGCUGAAGACACAGCAAGCAGUGGGACAAAAAACAAACAUCCUGAGGAGGAGGAAGAUUCUGAUGAUGACAAGCAAGAGGUCAAGAGGCUCAAGUUUGAUGAAAAGGAAGAGGAGGAAACAGAAAAGGAAAAGAAAGAGUCAUUGUGUCUUCAAGAGUCAGAGAACUUGUCAGAGAUGCCAGAAUCUUUAGAAGUCUCAAGAGGUCAAGACAACCAAAGUGGAACGUCUUGUGACACAACUUGUGAUCAGGAGCCCAGCAGCACAGGGACAGAAACCACUGAGAGGGAAGUAAGCUCAUCCGGGGCAGGAGAUGUUCACACUGAGGAGGAUGAAAGCGCCGUGGACGAACCUGAGCCGCCCGCUCCAUCGGAGGAGAGCACAAGCUUUGAACAGGACAAUGCGGAGAGUACCAGCGGCGUCUGUGACGGAGAGGACCCGACCAGCGACAAGGAGGUCCCUUCCUCUUCUAGUAGUUCACCUGACUUGUCAACAGAGGGCGAUGCUGACAGUUCACACAGCACAGACACUGCAGUAGAGCCCGGGGAACAACAGGACUAGCCUGAAUCCAGUCUGCCAACUGACUUUUGUUAUUUUACACUGUAUGAUACCACACCAAUGGUAUAUGUGUAGCACUGUGGACCUUUAUCCUUCAGGACCAGGAGCGAUGUGACCUGGAGAUUCCUCGCUGAAGGAUCUUUUGUCCUCUUCAGUUUCACCUGCUCAAACAUCAACCAGGUCAUUAAACUAGAAGGACAUGUAUCAAAGAAUAUGGAGACUGCUUUUUAACAGUUGAUUACUAGUUUUUCUAAUCUUUUUUUUCCCUGUUCUUUUUUUUUAUAUAUAUAUAUAUGAGCAUUUUAAUUUAAUCUUGAUAAUUAAUGUAUUCCCCUAUUUUCAUUAUUCAUCUGGCAUGUAUUUCCAGGAGGAGGCGUCUGACAGUUUGAGUUCAAGCAUCGUUGUUUGUCUCUGAUCAAUGUGUCUCUCUCCAAGUGAACAUGGAAACCUGCCAUCACGAAUGCAAAGCAAAACUUCACAGAUGUCUGUUCGCUUUAAAGCCCAUAACAUCAAAUGUUACUUAAUCAAAGUAUGUUACAUUAAUUAGGAUUAACCCCUUUGAAAAUAUCCCAGUUUCUCUUUGUUACUGAAUGAGGCCAACGUUAACACACCAUAUUGCCAGUAGUCACCAGUUUGGUUGGAUAAAUUCAAGGUUUGGCUCAAGUGCAGCCAUCUCUGCAUCAAACACACAAACGCCCCGGUACGUUUACACUUUCUGUCAUAACUUCGCUGUACAGCUGUCCCUUUUGAUAGCAAGGAUUUCUACAGUACACAUCUGUAAAUCAAUUUUGUAGACUUGUAAUACUUGUGUCCACUGCCUUCGUAAAACCGAUAAUGGCUGGAAGUUGAAUGCUUGAGCUUGUAUCAUGGUAUUCAUGGAAAGCAAUAAAUGCUAAAAAAAUUGAA